AUGUUCCUAUGGAUGUAUGUUGAUCAAUGGAACCCUCGAACAUGGACCAAAGCCUCUUGUGAUACAGCUCAGGCUCACCAAAAAGCUGCCCAUACAGCCCAACUCCUUCAUAAAUGGGCAUGUUUGUUUGUCGAACACUGUGGCAAUCUCCCAAUGAACCUUUAUGGAAGUUGGAAUGUGUCCCUGCUUGAUAAAGGGGACCUUGCUGAAGCUAUUCACAGGCACCUGCAAAGCAUCAGAAAAUAUGUCAGAGCACAGGACAUAGUUGAUUACCUUGCACAACCCAAUGUACAGCAGAAACACGGCCUGAAGAAGACAAUUUCCCUCGCAACUGCUCAACAGUGGAUGAACAUGAUGGAUUUUCACUGGACGAAGUCUCCGUCAGGUCAAUAUGUUGACGAUCACAAAUGUGAUGACUUUGUUACAUACCGUCAAAACAAUUCCUACCAUUGA